UUAUAAUAUUCAUGGGUCCAAGGAUCAGAACGUGUAGUAUUUGGUUUGGUCUGGUCUAGUCCAAGCGUCACUUUUGUCUGGUGUUGUUCAGUCAAACCAAAUGCGACGUCGUGCUUCUCCUAUCCCCAAACUCGAUCUUUUACCCAACUAUCUGCAUCGCCAUCAUGUCCAUCGGCACGAUUCUCACUCCUGCGAAUCCCAUUAACAAAAGCUCCAAAAUUGCCAAACAGGCCAACGAUUACAGGGCUAAACUCAUCGUCGCAGCUCCCGAACAGCUCCAGAAGCUGAAAUUGAUCGGAGGAAUUCCCGUGUCACAAUGUUGUGACGGUGAGGGACGAGGAGAAAACCAAGCUUAAUCAUGUCCUCUAGGUAUAAUUAGGAGAUCAGAUUUGAAGUGGUAAUUGGGUUGAGGGACGAGGACAAAAUCAAGCUUAAUGAUGUCCUUUGGGUAUAAUUAGGUUUUCUCCACACAAAAAAAAGGUAUAAUUAGGAGUUCAUAAUUAGGCAAAGGUGGCAGGUGGAAGAGGAAGAGGAUGUGGACGUCGCCGAUUGCUUCUUCCUCACCUUUCUCCGUAGAGGUCGGCGACGAGAGAGGAGUUGGGACUUGGGAGGUGCUGUUGUCGGUGGUUGGAUUGAGAACGGAGGAUGGUAAUUGGUUUAAGGAUAAAUGUGUAAUUUCAUGUGUUUUAGGACGAUGAAUUCAAAUUUUUAGGACGACCGGAUAGCAAUGCCCAAACAAAAUAUAAAUCCAAUGACCACUGAGGCAUUGAACCGUUGACCAAGAGGCUAAUUCAGCGUCGCCUGCAUUGCAAAUUUGCAAUACCGUGGUCCCUAUAAUUUUGAUAGCUACUCGCCACUCGGGGGGUAAGCCUUCCUAAAUAAACCAGCCGGAAAAACUCUUAGUUCCAUUCAUCGAGCUCCCUGCGCUUCCUACCAAAAUGCCUGGGGAAGCAGUGAACCCGAAAUCCUACCCGCUAGCCGAUGCCCAGCUCUCAAUCAGUGACAGCGGGUCUGGGUUCAAUGUUCGUGCGUUGAUUCUGCUGCUUCCGGUCCUUGUGAUCUUGCUGUUGAACAUCUUGCCUUCGUUAGAUCCAGUCUACUCUUUCUCCCGGUCGUAUCCUUAUGAUCAUAGGUACACCACGGGAAAUGGGGUCAACUUUUAUGUCAAGAGUAGUGCCAGGUUUGAGCGGGAUUAUCCGAUUGACGGUCAGAAAUGGGUAGCGCUGGAAGGAAAGAUCGAGAGGGACUACGAAUCUCUCAUUACCCAGAAAUGCAGAAUCGAGUUACAAAGAAUGCAGUGGGGUUCUGUGAAGGAGGCUCCUCAUUGUGAAAUGUUGAAGCAGUUUCAAUCUUGGGCACCAUCUGCUGCUUGAAUACCAGGUGGAAUUACCGUGCUUUACUUCUGUGCUCUUGAUUUUACUUGUUCCAAAGUUUUUGCUGCCAUUUAUUAGAUCAGUAGCAUACGACCUGGGACUCGGUUCAUAUAUAUGUGCAAUGUGCUUGCUUUAGAUGAACUGAUAUACAUGUAAAUUUUUCCAUCAUGAUUACUCGGGGCAGCAAUAGUUCGACUGGUUUAGUCUCUCAAAUGUCUGUGAUCAGUGAUCUUAUUUACUUCCUGUCCAUUAGAGUGUACUUGUCUAACGAGAAGAACCAUGCUUGCUCCAUGACUACCAUCCAAGACGACUGAGAUUAGUCACCAUUUGUCGUUGAUCGAAGGGGCAUAUAGGAUAUGAUUGAUAUAAAGUAUAGACUAUGCA